AUGGGUCACAGCAGUGCUGGUGCUUCCAUCCACCUUGUCUCACUAAUUAUACUGUUAGGAAUUUUAUCCCUUGAAACCAUUAAACUCGAAGGCUUUUGUCUUGGGUGGGAGAAGAUUGCUGCAAAUGAACUGCAUUUGCCUUCUUGUAGUCUUCCCAUGCUUCCUCUCACUCUUCCUUCCAUCAAUUUCACAUCCCUUCUAGUUGAUCUCUCUCACAAUAAAUUCACCUCCACGAUACCUCCUUGGUUGUUCAAUCUCACUAAACUAGAGAAUUUGGAUUUGUCACAUAACAGUCUGACAGGAAAACUACCUGAUUCUUUGGGAUAUCUUAAAAGCUUGAGAUACCUCAACUUGUUGAUUAACUCACUUAAGGGUUCAAUCCUAAAAUCGAUUGGAAAUUUAACAUCUUUGGAGGAGUUUGACCUUGCAUGGAAUCAAAUGAGUGGGAACAAGAUUGGUAAGGUUGAGGUUAAAGACAAGGAUGUGGCGGAUGCCGCGGUCAGCCUAGACCUCGGUGCCGCUAACAAGGUUGGGUCAUGGCACUCUAAUGACUGA